AUGUAUGGCCUGGCCAGGCAUAUAGGGAUUAUGGAUUCACACAAGAAAGAGCUCUGGAUGUCACCGAUUAGUUUGGAUGGAAAGAAAACAACAAUAAACACCAGAAACAGUUCUGAACUGUCAUUUAAUCUUGGGCUUAAAGACAACUUUCAUACCAAGCAGAAUUUGCUCUACAAAAUGACGGGGCUGAACUUGGAGAAAGUUUUCAAAUCGGUUAAGAAGGAGCUGAAGCCGCCCACGUACAAGCUGAUGACCGAGGCGCAGCUGGAGGAGGCCACAAGAAAAGCUAUUGAGGAAGCUAAAGAAAAACUCCGAAUGCCUCCUGUUUUGAAUGAACGAGAGCCGAUCGAUGAUGUAUUAGCAGAAGACAAAAUCCUUGAAGGAACUGAAACUGCAAAAUAUGUGUUUACUGAUUUAACUUAUUCCACUCCACAUCGUGUGACCUGGGAAGAACGAGACAGAAUGAUUCAGAUUUUCUUCCCUAAAGAAGGGCGCAGAGUCAUUCCCCCGGUCCUAUUCAAGGAUGAACACCUUGUGACUGUGUUUCAGCAAGACCGUCAUGAGGAUCUCCUUAACAUGUGCAUUGCACAGUUUGAGCCAGAUUCACCUGACUAUAUUAGAGUUCAUCAUAGGACAUAUGAUGACAUUGAGAACCAUGCUAAGUAUGAUCUGCUCCGUUCAACAAGACACUUUGGAGGAAUGGUGUGGUAUCUGGUAAACAGAAAGAAAACGGAUGGCUUACUAAUAGAUAUGCUCCACAGAGACUUGCUGGAUGAUACUACAAGCUUAAUCACCCUCUAUCAUAUGCUUCAUCCGGAAUGUCCGUCGGCAAAAGAAGCUAAAGAAGGAAAUCUCCAAGGUGUGGAGCUGAUCAAGGUAUUUGCAAAAACUGAAUCCCAGAAAGAAGGCUACAUCCAACUGGCCCUUCAGGCUUACCAAGAAGCAAUGGCUACCUCUACAGCUUCAUGAAAUAAA